AAUAUCCCCGUCUUGGUGGGGUUAACGAUGCGUUCGAGGGAGACGGAAAGGACGACAUCGCAAGUGGGAUGGAGGGUAUCCAUCAAAGGAGGCGUUGCAGCGAAUAGUUUGUUCGCGACCGGGGGGAUUCGAGAAUGGUCUUCGUCGCCCUUCCCCCUCAAACCCUAAUUUUCUACAGAAAUCCUUCCUCCUCCCCCUUUCUGCUCGCCAUCAAUCUCUCCUCCGCCAUUAGAAUUCGCAAAAGAAGAGACAUUGGCGCUACAUUUAGAAGCAAUGGCUCCUAUUGGAGUAGUAAUUCUCAGGAAGAGAAAUCCCUCUCUCAUCGCACCUCGAUCGUCCUUUCUUCCAGGAUUUGGUUGGGUAAAUUGGACAACUGCUUUAAGCUAUUGGUCUCGGGAAUCAUCACAUUCUCCACUCUAUUCUCGCUCAGUCCCGUGGCUGAUGCCGUCAGUGACCAGGCCUACUCCUUGACGUAUCAGUGUGAAGAUGUUGGGAGUUAUUACCACGAUGUUGAUGGGUUGAAAGGUGCUGCAUUGAUGAAGAAGCUCAAUUCCAUUGUUUCCCCUCACCUAUCACUGCCUUACAAAGAGGUGUGGGAUGCGCUCAAGUUUCUUGAUGCAGCUGAUAUUGAUAACCCAGAAACCUCCUCAGAAGUAAUUGAAAUCUACUCACUGAGACCAGUCUCGAAGCUGUUGGCAGGAAAGCCAGAAGGAUGGAACAGAGAACACUUAUGGCCUCGUUCAUAUGGCCUAACAGAUGGCCCAUCUUUAACUGAUUUACAUAAUAUUCGUCCUGCAGAUGUCAAUGUGAACUCGUCAAGGGGAAACAAGUUCUAUGGAGAAUGUGUUGCUAAAUCAACUCAUUGUUUGAUGCCAGCAAACAAUGAAGCUGCUCCUGACACUGAAACAGACAAGGAAAGAUGGGCACCACCUUUACAGGUGCGGGGGGAUAUAGCAAGAUCCCUGAUGUAUAUGGCUGUAUCUUAUGGAUUCCAUCAGCCUGAUGGGAACUCACAUCUACAGCUUUCUGAUUCCCCGAGCAUUGGAAGAAAUGAGAUGGGUCUCCUUUCUGCAUUACUACAAUGGAAUGAACUUGAUCCACCUUCAAGAGCUGAGCAGUUGAGAAAUGAGAGAAUAUGCAGGCUCUACCAGCACAACAGGAAUCCCUUCAUUGAUCAUCCAGAAUAUGCCAAUCUCAUAUGGAAGCAUGGCACUCCAAGCAGUCCAACUGUGCGCAACACCUCGCCAAAGGCUUGGAUUAAUGAGUUCCACUAUAGCAAUAAAGGCAAAGACCAAAAUGAGUUUAUUGAGAUUGUAGUUGGGCCAUCAACUGAUGCAGCAUCCCUGAAGCUUAUAUUGUAUAAUGGAAGUAACGGAAGAAUGUACAGGUCAUUGUCACUGUCAGACAAUGAAGCUUUUAGUGUCAGCAAAAGUGGAUCAGGAUUUCUCAUCUACACAGCUUUUAUUCCUAUCCAGAACGGUCCUGCUGAUGGUAUAGCAUUGCUUUCAGGCAGAGAUGGAAAACAGUUUGAAGUGUUGCAGUUUCUGUCUUACGGAGGUACUGUCAGAGCGAUGGAUGGUCCGGCAAAAGGCACUGAAUCUAUGGAUAUUAUGGUUCAAGAAACAGAAGGGUCAUCAGAACAUGAUUCAUUAGGAUUGACAGGUCAGAAGCUUGGAGAGUACAAAUGGUUAAAGUUCACUGGAGAUGCAACCCCAGGAGAGCCAAAUAUUGGGCAGAGGCUGUAGGACCUUUAUUUCACCAGAUAUUAGCACAAGUCAGGUGUCGUCACUGGUUUAUCUAAUGAUAAUAAGAUAUUGCUAUUGGUGUACACUAUCCUCGGUUAACAAUUAAUCAAGCUGGAGCCUGGGACAUAACCUGCCAAAGUUGUUCUUUAUCUGGCUAUGUUGCUUCCUCAUGUUGGUUGGAAAUGAACUAGAAUACAGAUGUCUCAUUUGAUAAAAGGAUGGUGGUUUCUCUCCUGAUCAUAGCCAAGAAGAAAAGAAACUUAUGGCCACAUUGAAUAGAUUCAGGAAAAUUGGAGAUUGGCCAGGAAUCCUGCAUCAUCAUCGUGGAUGUAGGGAUACAGCGGGUAGUCUUUACUUUGUUUUUUCAGUCUGAGGAUGAUGGUUUGAUUCUCGGACAUUCAGCGUUCCCUUAUGCAAGUAUGCGAUCUCUUGUUCCUUUCUGUCCCCUCCCUUGAAAUGAGAUUGGGAAAUGGCAUGUCUUUGUGACCAAAGUUUUAUCUUUUAAUGCGUAUCUCUUGCUCUGGCAACAUUGUUUCUCUCACUAUUUUCAGAUUUUAAUCAUAAUAUUCAUUUAUGAUAAUGA